AAUACUUUACUGUCAGGUCUCUCUUUCUUUUAGAUUCAUUAGAAUGAUCUGCUGAUGUUCUUAUGGAGGAGAUGAAGAGCAAUAAGGGACUGUGGGACUGUCCACGGUUCAAAUACAGCAAGGAAACUCAGGAACUAAUCCAAGUUAUGAUGCGAGAAUCACGGCUCACCAACUUACAGCAGCGACGCAUCAACAACCAGCUGAAGAAAGGUGGCGCCUUACCCAUGGCCUGUAACACAUCACCUCCAGCACCUGCACAACCAGUGCCAAAAGUCAGCAAAGGCCCAGUUCUUCCAUCCAGACCACAGAGACGCAGCGCCGAGAACUGCAGGGCCGGGGACAGCUACACGCCCGAGAGGUUUCGACCCAGUGCCACACGAGAUCUGGAAAAAGAGAAGCGCAGGCUGCAGAACAUUCUCGCUACAGGCCAGGAGGACCCGCAACCUUCGCCGUCCCACACAAAGCCCGCUAACAGAAUGGAGGACACUAAGAAGGACAGGUUCCAGGAGGUUCUGGAUGAGAUUGAGGAGAGGAGGCAGUUUUUGGAGGAGAUGACUGCCCUUGGAAGAGGAAGCCAGUACCAGCAUAUCAUUAACAGCGAGAUAUCUCAGAAAAUCCGCGAGCUUGAGUUGAUCGACCGAGCAUACAGCGAGGCCAUAAAGAUGAAAGUGGGGAAAAGGGAGAAAGGUGAAGAACAGCAGUGAAGAGAAAAACACUGUGUAGAUCAAUUAGCUUUACCAGGCAAUCCUA